AUGGAUUUAAAGAAAUCCAAUGUUUCUCACCGCAUAUUGCCCAAGGGUCUGGGGUGGUGUCAUCAAUCAAACCACAUAGGCCCAAGGGCGUAUGCUUGGUUGAGUGAGCAUGGUGCAGACCUCGAGAUCGCCGGCGCCUGGUUUGAUAAUACCAUCGAUGACAAGGAGGUCACCCCAGAGAUGGGGAAGAAGUUGGUGAGCGACUACAACCGUCUCCUUACUGUCCUUGAUCGCCACCACUGGGCGAUCGCGGGGCGGGCGCAUGGUGACGAAGGAGAUCCCAUCGUCAUCGAAAGUGGCAGCGACAAUGAGUUGUUUGUGGACCAGAACCUGAACAAGACUGCUCAGAACUCAGCCAUCACAAACGUAGUCACUCAACCUUUAUCCAGGUCGGCUCAGUCUUCGCUGUGGGGUCAUGCUUUCCUCAGUGGCGAGAGUUAUGACUGCCAAAAUAUGACACCUACUGAAGCCUCUGAGUUUGCCCGCUGGAGUGGAAUACACGGGGAGAGCGCUCGUCAGACUACCGAGGAAUUGAACAUGGUGUACGCGGUGGGCUCACAGGACGGUGACCAAGAAUCGAAACACGACGAAGAAUCUGACUAUUCCACCGUCGACUCCCUUUCCAGUUCGGAGGAUUCUCAACGAGCGAAUUACUCUGAUGCCCGGGAUUCCUUGAUGGAUUCUUUGUUGGAUGAGCCUCUGCGCCAACAGCCGACCAAACCACAAGGCUCUUCGCAGGCCAAAUCAUCAUCACAACCCAAGGCCCAGCCUUCCACCAAGAAGGUCACUUCUAAAGUCCCCUCCAACCAAACGCUGAAACCGGAGGCUCAUCAUCAGACAAGCAUCCGCAGCAGUCUAAUCUUCAAACCCUCGCAUCACAAGCCGCCGAAGUGGCAUUUGCACAGCAACGUGCCGCGGAAUCCACGAGACCAUUGCAGCCAACAGCUCAGCAAGGUCCACUGCUACCUGGACUCCGGGGUGCAACCCAUUCUCGGGGCUCCUCGUUGCAAACUGUUAUAG